AUGGGGAACGUGUUGGAGUCGCUGGUGUCGGGCUUCACCAAGGUCCUCGCCGACCUCCUCUCCAAGCCCAUCGACUUCCUCUCCGGCAAGGCAUGCAGCACGGCCUGCGGCCCGAUGUGGGACGUCUUCUGCUACGUCGACAACUUCUGCGUCGCCAGCCUCGCCAAGACCGCCGCCACGCUCUUCCUCCUCUACCUUGUGCUGCUCUUCUUCUACGUCGUCUGCAAGCUGGGCAUAUGCCGCUGCGUCUGCCAUGUCAUCUCCAAGAUCCUCUGCUCCUGCCUCUCCUGCUCCUCCUCCGCCUGCAAGCACGGGUGCGCGCGCCUCUGCAACAAGAUGAGGAGCAUCAAGCGCCAACGGCAGAGGCGACCGAGAAGAAGGCGCCCACGCCAUGACAACGACAUUGAACAAGGGCACUUCAGCCAGAGCGACAGCGACUCCCCAGAGGACACCACCACCACCACUUGGCAUAGGCACGGCGAGUCUGAAAGAUCGUCAAUGUCAAGGAGGAGGGUCUAUCUGGAGAGGUCCCUGAGGCCCAGGAACCACCGGGUCACCGUCGGCGCCAGCCGUCACUCCGACAUCAGCAUCAAGGAGGGGAAGGAGCCCAGGGUGAACCACAGGCAUGAUGGGAGUGACCAUGGCAUCAAGGUGACCCACACCUCGCGGUUCGCGCGCAAGGCCAGUGGCAAGAUAAGAAACAGCAGAGCAUAG